CGUUUUGUUGGUGGGCCUGUGAGGGUGACUCUUUCGACAACACCAAAGAACAACCUUGUACGUGUAGUGGUGUAGCAGGCUCGCUUUUGCAAGCACACGAUUCUGAAUCACCCACACUCUACUACACAAAGCCACAAUCCAACUACAGUGGAGCUUUCACGAGCCGCUUGACACCCACGACACGCAAACAACGAGCGUUCGCCGAGACGACCCAUUGUAUAAACGGACACGGGCUGCAAGCACAUUCUGAACCAAUAACUCUUCACUUGGACAAACACAGCCUACAUAUCCAACAUGUCUUCAGCACGUGGUCGCGGCGGCAAGUUCAACAAGGUCAAGCGCGGAGGCGGCAAGAAGUUUUCGCGCGACCUGCAACCGCUGAACGCCGAUGGCGAGGUAGUCGGCAUGUGGGGUGAGCAACCCGAACAGGUCGACGAAGAGGACUCUGAGGAGGAGGAAUCUUCAGAAGAAGAGUCGGGCGACGAGGAGGGAAAGCCUGCACAGGAAGAGUUGACACGUGAGCAGCGCCGUGAACUCGCAAAGAAGCGCAAGCAGGCUGCGAUAGCGAAGAAAUCGCAAAAGACACCCGAGGCUGGCGACAUGCCCACCGACUCUUCUGAGGAGGAGGAGGAUGACGACAUGCCCGCAAACCCAAACCAUACCGCCAAAGCCCGUACACAAGCCACCAAAGCACCCGUCGUCGACGAAGACGCUGAGCCCGCUGCCGCCAAGGGCAAGGGCAAGCAAAAAGACCUCUCUCAACUCUCCCGCCGGGAGCGCGAGGCCCUCCAGGCGCAAGCCAGCAAGGACCGAUACGACAAGCUACAUGCCGAAGGCAAGACGGAGCAGGCGCGCGCUGAUCUGGAGCGCUUAAAGCUGGUUCGCGAGCGCAGAGAGGCCGAGGCAGCGCGAAAAAAGGCCGAGGCCGAGGAGCGUGCUGAGCUGGAGAAGGAGAAGAAGGAGCUCAUGGAGCGCGAGGCCAGGAGACGGGAGCAGGCUCUGGGCAAGGCCAACCGCCUCGCAAAGGGCGGAAAGAAGAAGGCCUAGAUUUGGGUGUCAUGCCUGCAAGGACCGAGGCUCGCUUGACGGGAUCACGUGAUACGAUGAGUACAAGCAGAAGACGGCGUGGCAACAAUCAAGUAGCGUGCGUUAUGCUGAUUGGAAUAGACGAAUAUGAUGAGAAUGC